AUGAUGAACACCCAGGAAGAGACGACUGAGGAGGAAGGUAAAACUUGGAGUAGCUCGAAUGAUGAGAAAUCUGCGAAAAGUGCGAAGAAAAGAAAGCUGCAAGAAAUAGGACCGAGUGAAAUCAUCGGGGGAGAAGAAGUCCCACUGUGUGUGGAAGAAGGAGAAGGGAAUAACGAAUCAAAUUAUAAGUUGAAAAAAAAUAAAAAAAGAAAAAUUUUAAGUCUUUUUAACAAUAUCUUCAGUUGGGUUGUUAGCAAAAAUGUGAAGAUCCCAUCGAAAGAAAUUGAUACCAAAGAAGAAGUACAAUUUUUUAAUUUUAACAAUAUUUUGUCGAAACAUUUCGGUUCAAAGGUCCUUUUCGUAACAGACGAGUCGAUCAGCAAAUCGGAGAACAUAAUGAUUGAGGACAAGGUUGGAUGGGUGACUAGAAGAAGGAGAGAUGUAGGACACGAGUGGCUAAUACUGAAAUUGAAGUACCCAAGUGUUAUAUACGGAAUAGAAAUAAAUUUCGAAAAUAUGGAGGAAGAUAUAUGCCCCCAUUUGUCAAUCGAGGUGGUCGAAAAUUCUUGUAUAGACGAAAUUGUUAAAGAGGAAGAAUAUAUAAUAAACGAAACGGAAGAGAAAGAAGGAACAGAACAGAGGGAACAGAAAAUUACAAAAAGGAAAAGUUACAAUUUUUUAGAAUCCUACAAAAUUGAUAAAUCCAUAUCAGACAUUUUGGAAAAUCAAAAUACUCCCUGGGUUGAAUUACUCCAAGCAGACUGUGUAGAUUUCCUCAAAUGUUUUCAUAAAAAAAUUUACUAUUUUAAAGUUAACGAUCUCUCCUUAAUCAAGCCAUGGACACAUAUACGGAUUAAUUUAUAUCCAGAUGGAGGUAUAAAUAAAAUAAAAUUUUAUGGAGAAUUUGUCACCCUAUUUAAGAAGCAUACCAUUUUAUCGAAACAGAAAAUUUUCCUAAAUAAACCAGAAAAUGGAUGUACUUUAAUAUACUACCACUGUGAUGAUAUACACAAAGGUCAUCCAAAAAAUAUUAUCGAUUCGUAUAAAACUGAUGGAUUUUCAACAAAGAGGUUGUUCAAUAGACCACCAAUUAUUCUACGCACACUUACAUACAACUCAAUAAAAAAUGUUUCCAUUUUUAAGUUCGGUGUUCGAGGUGUCAUUGAAAAUUUUACCUUCGAUAUAGGGAAUUACAAAUACGAUCAUCCAGAAUAUAUACAAAUUUAUUUAUUAGACUGUGUGGAUAUGCUUACUUUGGAUUUACUCGAACAGAAACGUAUUUUUGAAGAAGACGAAAAAAUGGAAAAGAAAAAAAUAGGCUGGUUGCAAUUGCCUCCAUGUAAAUUGGCCAACGAUCAGAAGAAAACUUUUUACAAUUUCAAUUUGCUCGAGUAUAACUUUACCAUCAUGGAGAGGACAGCUACUCACUUUAAGAUUUCCCUUCAUCCCGAUGGGGGCAUAUCCCAAGUCAACGUAAUCGGUACCGUUUUGUCCACUCCCCCAUGA